AUGCAAUCAUUCUUACAUUUGUUGCGUCAAACCAGUAUGAACCACACAUUAUCCACCGUUUUUAUAUUAUUAUCAAAUUGUCAGUCGAUUGAUCAAGAAAUCAACAUACUUCGAGAGCAAAAAGAAAAUGCCAUAUGUGAAUGUGCUAAAUUAAAAACACAGUUAGAACAAAAAGAAUGUACGUUGAAACAGUUAAGAGAAAAAGUUGAAGAAAUGCAAGUCUUAAAUAAGAAACACGAUAAUCAAUUACGUGAACAAAUGAGAUCAGUGUUGAUGAAUUUACAAAUAGAACAAGCUGCUACGAAAGAUGCAUCUCUAGAGAUUGAAAGGCUUAAUGUUCAGCUGCAUGUCAGUAAAUAA